AUGUCAAGGGCAAAGAGAAUUAUGAAGGAGUUACAGGCCGUUAAGGACGAUCCAGAGGCCAAAAUAACUUUAGAAUUUGUUAUUGAAUCUGAUAUACACCAUUUAAAAGGUUCUUUUAUUGGACCACCAGGUACUCCCUACGAAAAUGGAGCCUUUGUUGUCGAUAUUGAAGUUCCAAUGGAAUACCCAUUCAAACCUCCACAAAUGAAAUUUGAUACAAAAGUUUACCACCCAAAUAUUUCUUCAGUCACUGGGGCAAUUUGUCUUGACAUUUUGAAAAAUGCAUGGUCUCCCGUUAUAACGUUGAAAUCUGCCUUGAUUUCAUUACAAGCAUUACUUCAAUCACCUGAACCAAAUGACCCACAGGAUGCAGAAGUUGCUCAACAUUACCUUAGGGACAGAGAAUCCUUUAACAAGACAGCCGCACUAUGGACAAAAUUAUAUGCAUCUGCAGCUUACGGCGAUAAAGAAGUCGAUGAAGCUGAGCUAUACGGUAUCAAUUCUGACGUUGUCGAAGAAUUUGAAUCACAAGGCUUUGAGAAAAGUAAGAUCAUUGAAGUUUUAAGAAGAUUGGGUAUCAAAUCCUUGGAUCCAAAUGACAAUGCUACAAUAAAUCGUAUCAUCGAGGAGUUGUUAAAGUAA